UAACGGAAUUUCACGGAAUACGUAUCAACAUGGCGGCCAUGAAGCUGUUGUGUUUUACAGGCCGGGCUUCUUUGACACGGAGUUUUCAGCUUCUUCCAGCUGCCUGGUGUAAGACAAGAUUAUUUAGCAGUGUAUCAGAGCCACUCACAGAAGCUCAAGGCCGAUACAAGGUGACACUCAUCCCAGGGGAUGGAGUUGGACCCGAACUUGUAUACAGUGUUAAAAGAAUCUUCAGUGCUGCUGGAACCCCUGUGGACUGGGAUGAAAUUCCAGUGAGUGAUAUGAGUUAUGGUAGCAGAUACACAUUAGAUGACGUUGUUCAGUCGAUGAAGAAAACUGGAGUGGGGUUAAAAGGAGCACUAACCACACCAUCAAGUAUCUCCAGUCAAGAUCACUUGUCUCUAAAUCAAAAAAUGAAAACAGAACUGGACUUGUUUGCAAAUGUUGUUCAUUGUAAAAGCCUCCCAGGAUACAAAACCAGGCACAAUGAUAUAGAUAUGAUCAUCAUCAGAGAACAAACAGAAGGAGAGUACACAAGUUUGGAGCAUGAGAGUGUACCAGGAGUAGUUGAAAUGAUUAAGGUUAUCACCAAAAAAAAAUCUGAAAGAAUUGCCAAGUUUGCUUUUGAUUAUGCAACAAAACACAAACGACAGAAGGUUACUGCUGUUCAUAAGGCAAACAUCAUGAAGCAGGGCGAUGGGUUAUUUCUGAAAACUUGUGAAGAAGUUUCCAAACUCUACCCAAAGAUCAAGUUUGAAGGGAUGAUAGUAGACAACACUUGCAUGCAGCUUGUAGCCAAGCCAGGCCAGUUUGAUGUGAUGGUACUGCCAAACUUGUAUGGCAGUAUUGUGGACAAUGUUGGGGCAGCAUUGGUGGGUGGGGCAGGUGUUGUGCCUGGAAAAAGUCUUGGAAGUAACUUUGCCAUUUUUGAGCCUGGAGCUCGUCAUACUUAUGCUGGAGUAGCAGGGAGAAAUAUUGCAAACCCCACUGCAAUGAUUUUAGCAAGCGUGGACAUGCUGGAUCACAUGAAUCUUAGAUCCUAUGCUAAAAUGAUCAAUGAUGCUUUAGAGAAGACAAUUGCUGAAGGACAGUUGACAAUGGACAUGGGUGGCAGUGCAAGUACCUCAGACUUUGUUCAAGCCAUCAUUCAUAAUUUGUACUCUUAGGAAAUGUUACAAAAGGAUCAAUGCUAUUGCCGAAAAAAAGGAUUCAAUGAUUUGUAAAUUUUUGUUAUAGUUGCAAUAAUUUGAUGGAAUUGCAAUCUGGAUUAUUGCAGGACAAUUGGGCAAAGUCACUCUGUACAAAAUGUUCUUCGGAGCACCGAGUUAUUAUUUUUCAUGAAAAUACUAGUUGUCAGUUCAUUUGGAGGCUUGCUGUAUAUAUUUUUUGAUUAUAACAAACACACAUUUCAAGAUUUAAAAAUAAAGAAUGCAACAAAAAUUUAA